AUGUCUGCGAAUAUUAAUCUGUCAUCGGUAGAGAUCAUAUCGCAGGUCCAGAAAUCUCCAGCAGUACGUCUCAAUACUGGUAAUAUUCAGCGGCAUCCGGAAUUAUUUCGACAGAUGUUCAGAAAUUCAGCGGAAGAACUUGUGGCUGCACUCGAGCAUCAGCUCGAUGGACCAAAUGGACCGAAUUUGGAAAUGAGAUCGGAUGGUACGAUAAUGCUUGCUCGUGAUUCAGAAAACUGCCGUCUAAAUACUAUAGAAAAAGCCGAUAUAAAGAUAACUUUGAAGGUAUUUAUGUCUUCAUUAGACGUGAAGCAAGUGGAAGAAAGUGUCGAUACAGCUUUGCAUGAAACAAAUACCAAAUCUAUUUCUCAGCUUAUCAUUGCUUUUCCUCCGGAUGAUAAAUUGGAUAUAGAUCCAUCUGUUCCGUCUCAAGUGCAGCAGUGGCUGUCGCAAAUCCUGCCGUUUUGGAGACAGUUGGAAUCAUUGGUGAGAAUUAAUAAAAUAAAUACAUUGGGUGUAGCAGAUCUUGACUAUGAACAGUUAAAAGCACUCUAUGAAUCCGCGAGUGAUUAUCGUCCAAUGAUUGACCAUUACAACACUGAACACUGUUGUACGGUUCCUCCUGAAUUACGCGAAUAUGCUAAGCAGAAGGACAUUCAACUGCUAACUCACAAUGAUCCGAAUUUAUGCAAUAUCAGUGAAAGAUUAGGUGCUGCUACCAAGAAACUGUUCGGAAGUGAGCACUUCGAUCUUCUCUUCAUUGCAAGUUUUCUUAUCGUUUGUGCAAAUUGCUUAUUCUCUAUGCGACUGAUGAUCGUGAUUAGUGGCGGUUUGCGCAAAUGUGAGAAUGAUUAG